AUGGACCAAGCUGGAAGCCCCAGGACAGACAUCUAUGUGUUCCACAGCUUUGACUGUGACAGGCACAAAGAUGAAGUUCCCAGCGGAUGCUCCAGAAAACGUGCAAGAGUUUCAUAUUCUUCUUUUCAGUCCUCUGACUCACAGUCGUAUAGAGAAAUGGUAUGUUCCAAGAAACAAGCAAGAACGUCAUCCUUUAUCGUCAUUCCAACAUUUCCACCUUCCCAGCCAGUAAAGAAGAACAAUGUAUUCAUGACUUCAGGCCUAUUAGAAGAGUGUGUUGAUGUGAAAGCAACAGAACAAGGUCUUCCAACAAGCACCAGACAAAGAGAUGUGUUAAGGCCUGCCCUAUUGCAACUGCCACAAGUGACUACAUGCCGAAUGGAAAAAAAGAGAACUGCUGAAAAUCCUCUAGAGGAGAAUCAUGAAGCAGACAAUCAGAUGUCUGAAGAUGCUUAUUCAUGUAUUGAUAUCUCCAAAAAGCCUCCUCUCCCACUUCAGAUGUCAAGCUCUAGCACAACACACAAUCCAUUACCCAAAGACAGAACUUUCUCAGACAGUGAGCAUUCUAACUUUGUGUUUGGAGAAAAUAUAGUAGAAAGAGUUUUGAAGCCUGAGAAAUCCCCAGAGCUGCUGUCCAAAGAUGGGCAGCAUAUCAGUGAAAAAGAACCCCUCUGUACCCCAGAUUUCCAUACCAUUUCCCCGUGGGCAGCACCAUUUUUUGCUAAGGGUUCAACGCUAGCAGAAUCAGCAGCUGCUUACCUAUCAAGCAAAACAGCACAAAGAUAUUUAUUGGAGAAAAUAGAAAUUACAACAGGAGAAGAAGCAGAACACAACGUAUUGCAGAUCAACUGCAGGCUUUUUUUGUUUAAUAAAGCAUUGUUGUCCUGGACUGAAAGAGGCAGUGGGUCUUUGAGACUUAAUGAUACCUCCAGCAAUCAGCAUGGAAUGCUGCAGUCAAGACUGGUCAUGCGAAAUCAAGGAAGCAUGAGGCUUAUUCUUAACACCAAACUGUGGGCUCAGAUGGUUAUAGAAAGAUCAAACCGGAAGAGCGUGUGUAUCACAGCAACAGACCUGGAGGAUGGUUCCGUCAAAGUUUUCCUAAUACAAGCCAGCACAAAGGACACUGACUCACUCUAUGCAGCCAUUCAUCACCGCCUUGUGGCUCUGAGAAACUUUAUGAAGCAGGAAUGUGGUAUAAAUCAAGUCGAAUACAAGCUUGAUGUUCAGCCAGUAUCCUGUGACAGCGAUGAUGAAGAGAAUGAAAAAAGAGCUCCAGGGAGCAACAACAGAUCAGAGCAUUCCCCAUGGAUUCGCAGACAGCCAGUGGUCUGUUCAUGACAACUCACUACCUCCAAUGAAAGGGACUUUAGGGACAACACACCAUGUUGGAAUGAAGAUUUGCUACACAGGAUGUGGUACAGGAGCAAAGUGGAAAGUCAGUAAAAGAAGCACUUUAAAGGUUCCAGACAUUAGUACCUGAAACUAAUGUCCGUCCAACAACGGCCUCAGUUCUUUUAAGAGUUAUUUAGAAGAAUUCGUUUUCAGGUUUUGGAUGAACAUCUUUAAGGACAACGUUAAAGAAAAGGAUAAUUCUGAUCCGUGAUUUUUCAUCAUACUGAUGGCAUUCGUCCUUUAUGAAUUAUUGCUCUCUCUACUUAGACAGAGCAAUAAUUAUUUACCAAGUGUGUGCUCGUAUGUAUGUGGGGGUCUGAAAUAUUAAUCUAUUUUGAGGGCUGUUAUUAAAUUUGCAUGAACCUUCAAAGCCUGAUAUUCUAAGCUGAUAUUGCCCCCCACCCCCAUUAAUGCAGUCUUGAAUGCAAACAAAAAAAUUUUGCAGGCAGAUAAGUAAUACAGGUCUUCCCAAGCUGGCUGUUUGUGUGUGAGUUUGAUUCAUAAAUGCAAACAACUCCACAGAAAAGCAGAGUUUUAUAUCAUCCCAGGGAAGUACACCAAGAGUCAU